GCGGCAGAAGAAAGUAGAGGUGCGAUGCAGUGCUCAGACGAAGAAGAACCAAAAACUCCUUCACCACCUGGUGGGGAAGGAAGUGGAAGCAGCAAAGCUCACGGCAGUACACCUGAAAGCAGCCCAGUAAGGCCUAAGAAGGGCAAAAAACCAGUAGGGAGGCCAAGAAAGAAAACAGGCCCUGGCAGACCCAGGAAAACUGCCCAAAGUAAGCAAGGCAGCAGCUCACGUGGUGGUCGUGGGAAGAAGGUUGGGCUGACAAGACAUCUGCCCAAGUCUCUGUCCUCUGAAGAUGUACAAACAAUAAGAGGCAUGCAGGAUGAAAGAAAGGCGUAUCUGAAGGGGUUGAUGUCUGCAGUGAGCAGAGAAGAGUUAGAAGAAAUUAUUGUGGAGGUGUGUGAUAGGUCGGCUGCUAUUGGCAUAGAUGUUGAACACUCCCUGAAGGAAAAAAGUGGAGAGGUUCCCCAAGAUCCCCAGCCAUCAAGGAGUGGUAGGCCAACAUGGUGUGUGUGUGGACAUUGCCGUGAGAUGCCCAGUGAGGCUGAAAGAGUUUGCUGCAAUCAGCAGCAUAACUGCAGGAGUGAAGACCCAAUAAUGACAUACAACAUUCUGAACACUUUUAACCUAGCUGUCAACAGAGUACUCAGGGGGGACUAUGAAGGUGGAGAUAACGACAGAGAGGAAGGUGAAGAAGAUAACGCUAGUAUGCGGCAUGCUGCCUAUAGGGCGUACAUUUGUUGGCAGCACCACAAACUCACUUUGGGAGAUCGCAGAGUGAUCCCUGCUUGUUGUGUUUGGAAGAUACGUGACAAAUUCCCCUCCCCUACAGGACAGUACAAAGGAUUUCUCCCCUGGAGGCGAGUCUAAAAACCAGUAGGCAGGAGAUGGGAGUAGUUUUGUUCAAAAAGGACACUGAUAUUGGAAAAUUGUUCUUUAGUACUAGUCUACUUUUUUUACAAUAAACAUCUUGUUUUAUGCAAAUGUGCAUUUGUUUACGUCAAUGGUGAAAUGUGCAUUUUUAUCACGAUUUUAUUACAGAUGUUUUUUAGACUAGAGUGUUCUGUUGAAGAUGUGCAAUUUUGUUUUUUCAUAUUUAUUGUAUAUAUUUUACUAAGUAGUUCUACUAUAUCGAAGAGAGCAACUUGCUGAACUUGCAUUCAAAUUAUGCAUUUCUAAGAUCAUACUGCACUUCUUGUCUUUGUUGUGAUUUGUAUUCCCAUUUUGUG